GCAUUAUGCUAUGGCAGCAACAAGCUCUAGUGGCUGGCGAGGAUAGGGUGUUUUCCAUGACGAUGAUUUGGACUUGCAUGUGCGUCAUCCACCUCCUGACUGCGCUGAGAGGAUGCUGGUCCCUGAUGAAGCAACCCCACUGCAAGAUUCGUUAGCCGAGCUCGUUAGAUGAGAAAGUGGCUUGAGCUGCAUAGUACACUCCACUCUCUCGUCGCCUCACUGCUGACUUUGCUAGGCCGUCAAUCUCGCCAACUGUGCAGCAUUCAUGUGCAGCAUUCAUGUGCCGGCAAAUCUGCUUGUUUGCUAGUCUUUACUUUGACUGCGUCUGGGCAGCGACCAAGACAGCUUCGCCACCAUAUUAAGUCCAACGAAGCACGCAGGCACGGUUACACUACAGUAAAUCCCCGAACGUAUUCCAAGCACCUUGAUUGGAUCGUGAAGGCACGAAGCCGAGCAGUGGAGUCGGCCAUGACCGCGGCUGUGCCAGUCAGAAAGCCACCGUGGAGACUGCGUGCAGAUCUCUCGCCAAGACCCUAGAACAUGUCCAGACACAAGCCCCAUCGGCCGUGUCUGCCGCCGUAUACACCGUACUCACUCGGGGCUGACCACUCUUCUCUUCUCAGGCCCGCGACCCACGCGAGUAGCUUAAUGCACAGCAAUAAAGCCGGGGGA